AUGUGUGGAAUUGUUGGUUGCCACCAUGUUCCAGACGCAAAGGCAUUCAAGCCUACGGCGUUGAAGAUGGUGAAGCAGUGUCGCCAUCGUGGUCCAGAUUGGUCAGGCAGUUACGUUGCUAACCGCACAAUCCUUGCUCAUGAGCGAUUGAGCAUCGUUGGAGUCGAUAGCGGUGCUCAGCCAAUCACCAACCAGGACGAUACCAUUGCUCUUGCGGUCAAUGGCGAAAUUUACAACCAUAGGUUGAUCCGAAAGGGUCUCAAGACCACCUACCAUUUCAAGACCCAUUCCGAUUGCGAAGUCAUCAUACCACUUUAUAUGCAAUAUGGUAUCGAUGCGCCAAAACACCUCGAUGGCAUGUUCUCAUUUGUGCUUUAUGACAAGGAACAAGACCGAACUAUCGCGGCACGCGAUCCCGUGGGAAUUACAAGUUUCUAUCAAGGAUGGUCGAGCAAGAUGCCGGGGGCCACUUUCUUCGCUUCAGAGUUGAAGUGUUUACAUUCGGUGUGCGACAAAAUUGAGGCUUUCCCUCCGGGAUACGUGUAUGACUCGAAAACCGACCAGAGGACGAGAUAUUUUGAGCCUUCGUGGUGGGAUCCAGCCAACGUACCAUCCAACCCGGUCGAUUACAAAAAGCUCCGCGAGACUUUAGAAAAGUCGGUUCGCAAGCGAUUGAUGGCCGAGGUCCCAUACGGUGUGUUGUUGUCAGGAGGUUUGGACUCGAGUUUAAUCGCUGCGAUUGCGGCCCGGGAAACCAACAGGCUCAAGAAAGCUGCACUGGCAGCAAAUGCAGAGCCAGGAAAACAGCUAGACGAGGACCACGGCGAAGGCCUCGUCGGUAUUGACGAUGAUGACGAGCUCUCUACUCUCACAUAUCUUCCUCAACUCAACUCCUUUUCAAUUGGGCUGAAAGAUUCCCCAGACUCGAAGGCUGCGAAGGAGGUGGCCAAGUUUCUCGGCACAAAACACCACGAUAUGACCUUCACGGUUGAGGAUGGUUUGAAUGCUCUCUCGGAUGUUAUCCUUCAUAUCGAAAGUUACGAUGUCACAACCAUUAGAGCAUCUACCCCUAUGUUUUUGCUGUCAAGGAAGAUCAAGGCCAUGGGCGUCAAGAUGGUCCUGAGUGGAGAGGGAAGCGAUGAGAUAAUGGCUGGCUACCUAUAUUUCCACGGAGCGCCAAGUGCAAGCGAACUACACGCAGAAACUGUCACCAAAGUCAAGAAUCUUUAUCUUGCCGACAACUUGCGUGCCAACAAAUCGACUAUGGCGUGGGGCGUUGAGGCUAGAGUUCCAUUCCUCGAUAAAGAGUUUCUCGAGGUUAGUAUGUCAGUUGAUCCAUCGGAAAAACUCCACACCCCAGAGAGAAUUGAGAAGUAUAUCCUACGAAAGGCAUUUGAUACACCAGAAGAUCCUUACCUUCCUGCACACAUUCUUUGGAGACAAAAGGAAGCUUUGUCCGAUGGUAUUGGAUACUCUUGGAGAGAUGCACUUAUUGAGCAAGCUGAGCUUCAUGUUUCUGAUGAGAUGAUGAAGAACCCAAAACCAGAGUGGAAGGAUGACAUUCCAAAAACCAAGGAAGCGUACUGGUAUCGAAUGAUAUUUGAGGAGCAUUUCCCAGGUCCAGCUGCAGCUUCAACUGUGAAACGUUGGGUGCCUGCUUGGACAGACGCAGUCGACCCUUCUGGCCGGGCGAUUGGCAUUCAUAACAACAUGAUCAACGAUAAGAAGGCCUAA